AUGGAUCAAAAUUAUGAAGAUUGGGACGAUAGUAAUAGUGUUACUUCAUAUUAUGUAACCCCACCUACAUCUCCAAUUAUACAACCUGUUAAUAAUGCAGAUGAGACAAAGAAUUUUUUUCAAAACAAUGUCAAUAUCAAUUUGUCUUCAUUAUCAGAUUUAAUGGCUGAACAAAUAUCAUUAUGGUGUGAUUCUUCUUCUACUUCACAGCAACCGAAUCAACUGAAUAAAGACAAUGAUAUUUUGAUUUCUUUAAAUGAUGAUGAUUAUUCAACGGCGAAUGUGAAUGAUGAUAAAUUGAUUUUUGACAAUAGAAUUAACAAUAAUAAGACUAAUAAUAUUGGUGAUAGUAUUGACGAUAUGAUUAAGAGUGUGAUUAUUGAUGAUACAGUUUCCCAUCAGGAUGAAGUUCGUCAUAAUGUUGAUUCGGUGUAUACCCAACCUACAAAUUUGAAAAAUUUACCAACUAUUUCUACAAUAUCCUUAACUUCUCUUGAAUAUCUUACUUCUUUAAAUACUUCUAAGCCUACUACUUCUUCUGAAACCCUAUCUUCAUCAUCUUCUUCAACUACUACAACCUCCAUACAACCUCAGAUAGUUUCAAAAGUUGAUAUUUCUCAAUGUCAUUUUAGUUAUAUGAACGAUUCUCAUCAAACUAUCAUAUAUGCCAGCUAUCAAGGUGAUUUGGCAUUUUUGUAUAAAGUUGGUGGUGAUUUGAAUCUAAAUGGUGGCGGUGAAAUCUCUUGUUGCCUUAAUGGGAUGUCUGAUGAAAUUUCUAUCCCAUUUGAUCAAUUAUGUGGAUUUAAGAUUACUUCUGAAAAAAAAAUUUUUAUAAAAUUUAAGCCGAAUUUUAAAAGAACU